CAAGACCUUACUUGAUAUCGCUGUGACUCUCGACUGCGCGGGCUAUGUCUGCUUCUGUACAAUCCGUUGAACCAGCACAUGCUGCAUCCGCUCAGUCCAGCAGGUCUGCAUCUGCAGCUUACCGCAAACUGCGCUUGAGGCGUCUCUAAGCCACCAUAGAUAUAUCGCGCACGAGGCAGGUCAUGCCAUCGGAACACUUCUUCUCCGCCGAGUCACAGCGGCCCGCCAGAUGCUCAGAUACCAUGCGCGAGUUUAGUAUCAGGCUGCUUUGCCCGUAUGUUUCAAAAGCGGUAUCACGCGGCCAACGCACGCCUUGCCAGCCAAGAGUCUCGUCAGGCUGGUUAUCUUUCCAAGGUCCAUCUAGUCAUAUCAUAGCUGUGAUGGAGUUAGUCAUGUUGAUUUAUGCAUGACCGUCGCCUAUAUGAUCUAUGGCUUCAGCUGGCAGUGUCUGACUGCAGAGGCAGCACGAAAACUUAGACGAUCUUCCAAGAGCAUAUCAAGACCUAACAUGAACAAUCCAGCGGCAAGUACAGGGAACGGCACAAUGGCAGCAUCUUCCGCGCAAGCCGGUGCUCGAGAAGAAAGGACAGCCUCCAGCGAGUGGAUAGAGUCCAUCGGAACUGACGCGAGCUCACCCUAUCUUAAAGAUAUCGGACGCGCAGUGUCUGUACGAUGCAAAUAUCAUGCUGUCAAUAUGUGGAAGGUUGGACAGCUGGCAGUGAUCUCUCUAUUUGGCAUCCUGCUGACUGCUGGUCACCAUUUGGUACGCCUCGUCGCGGCAAAGGCUCUUGGUGCUCGACUGAUCGAUUGGUUCCAACGACUUUUAGCUCUACAAAUCCCUCGAGGGCAAAAUGGUCGAUAGCGCUCAGCAGCAGGAGUUCUACCUUGGAUUCGUGUCCGUGUCUUCGCCCAACGAAGGCAUGCAGCAUGGCUGACAUACCAGAUACCAGAGCCGGCAACUUUCUCUCUUCUCUCGUGGGCGCCUUUCUGUGUUAUGUGGUCGGGUUCUUCUACCACCAA